AUGGCAUAUCCUAGCUUUGAGACGCAAUUUAGGGCGAAGUCAUUUGACAAAUACUCUCAGUGUCAAAGCCACGAAUUUAACUCUCGAGCUCAAGUGGAUCUUAUUGAGAUGCAGUCUUCCCCACAAGGCCAGUUCAAGUGGAUCAUGGUUUACCAAUAUUCUGAACCACCGCCGUCGACCAUUACCACCACUGAACCACCGCCUUCGACCACUUGUACCACUACUGAACAACCGUCUUCGACAACUACCACCACUGAACAACCGCCUUCGACAAUUACCACCAUAGAACAACCGCCUUCGACUACUACCACCACUGAACCACCGCCUUCGACCAUUGCCACAACUGAACCACUGUCUUCGACCAUUGCCACAACUGAACCACUGACUUCGACCACUAUCACCACUGAACCACCACCUUCGACCACUACCACCACUGAACCACCGUUCACUUCUUCAUCCCUUGACAGACGGCUUCAAGAUAUCAUCCAUCAGCGUAAAAGAGCACGAGCGGCUCAGCUAGGCCAGGGAGAAAGGAUGGUGAGGCGCUCCCGUAUUGACAUAAAGACGGGUGAAGCUGGAGAUAAUGUUGCCGUAUCCAUUCCCAUGGUGGACAGAGGUAGAGGCGACCCAAGAAAUAUCCCUGAAGUAAUUGUUGAUCGGGAUGAAAAUGACAUGUACAGAAUUGCGGUGAAAGCUGGUGUUUUGAAAGUUAAGUAUGCCAGGAAUCAGUUUGAUCUCUGUCCACAGCGACUAUUGAAUGACUAUGAUGCUAAUAGGAAAGUACAACCACACUUCGUCAGGCUAUUAAAUCUACAGCUUCUGGUGGACAGGGAUUCUUUCAUUGUGAUUGCAGCAAAGGCAAGAAACAGUGCCAGACAAACAGGUUCAACCCAUUUUGUCGAGCAUGGUAACAAUUCUAAAAUGUUCGAUGUUAUAGGAAUUGUAAGCAGCUUGAUAUAUGUUGGUGCAACCCUUGACCCCGGACUUGGGGUCCUAAGUGGAGGGGCAGGGUACUACAUGCUGGACGGACUGACCCUUUCAGCUGGAACCAUCCUGGGCUUGGAGUACUUUGUUGACCGGAGCUCUCAGUGGUCACCAUUCACACUGACCAUAUUUCGUCCAAUCGGUAACUCUGCCAAUACGACCCAGUACGAGAUCAUUGGCAUAUACCCCAUCAUACCACCACCUGUGGUAGUUACUGGGAUAGCUGGACAAAACUUCAGUAGUGCUGACUAUAUAGAGGUGACUGAAGGUGACCACAUCGCCUUCUACAAUCAGCUCCAAGACAUGUCCAUCACAGCCCAGUUUGAUGCCACUUCCAACUUGAGCACUCGAUUCUCUGUGCCAGCAAACCCAAUUCCUGCUGUAGGGGACACUAUAACCAUUGAGAGAGUGGGGCUUGGUCCAACUUUCUUCUCACUUCGAGUGUUGAUGGAGGAAUCCACCAACAUCGUAACCACGUGCCAGGGAGGAGGUUUCAGCAUAUGUGACCAGUUGUGCACUGAUGACGUCACUGGAUACUUCUGCAGUUGUGGUGUCUUUUACCAGCUGGACCCAACAGACAAUGCCACGUGCGUACCAAUUCAACGCACAUGUGCAAAUGAGGGAGAUAGUUAUUGUAGUCACAAUUGUACAGACACAAGUACAGGUUAUGUGUGUACUUGUCGUUCAGGAUUUACACUUCAGACUAAUGGAUAUUCGUGUUUGGAAAACAAUUUGAACGCCUUUAUUGGGGAGCAAGGCCAAACCGGACUGAAAGGAGAAAGAGGAUUACAGGGAGCACGAGGGCAGCAAGGCGUUGUUGGAGCAACAGGGCCAAUAGGGUGAAGCUGGAGUACAGGGAGUUCAGGGAUUUCAAGGAAUAACGGGUCCAGUGGGUCCCCAGGGAGCUGGAGGAAUCACCGGAAUAAAAGGAGACAAGGGAGAUACUGGACUGAAGGGGGAGAAGGGGUCUGUUGGUUCGGCUGGAGUCACAGGUCAAGUUGGUCCAAUGGGAAUGACCGGGGCUACAGGGUUACCUGGGAUAGAUGGACUGAAUGGCAUCAAAGGAGCAAAGGGACAAAAGGGAAAUAUAGGUAUGAACCUUUUAUUUGA